UCAGAACCGAGCAUCGGCGAUGUAACCCAUACGGCGGCGCCGGUAACCGCAAUCAAAGACUCUGUGGACAUUUGCUCAACGUAGUCUCUGUUUGCGUGGAAACGUGUCUCCCGCGUGCCACGAUGUUAAACACCGUCCCGCCGCCGGGAUCGGGCAACGUCUCUGCGGGCAACUGGAGCUGCAGCAAGAACGACGAUUUCAAGUACCCGCUGUACAGCACAGUGUUUAGCGUGGUGUUCGUGGUGGGCCUCAUCACCAACGCGGUGGCCAUUUACAUCUUCGCCUGCUCGCUCAAGCUGCGCAACGAGACCACCACGUACAUGAUGAACCUGGUGGCGUCCGAUCUGCUUUUUGUCUUCACGCUGCCGCUGCGCGUCUUCUACUUCAUCAACCGGAGCUGGCCCUUCGGCAGCGUGCUGUGCAAGGUGUCCGUGUCGCUCUUCUAUACCAACAUGUACGGCAGCAUCCUCUUCCUGACGUGCAUCAGCGUGGAUCGCUUCCUGGCCAUCGUGCACCCCUUCCGCUCGCGGACGCUGCGCACCAAGCGCAACGCCAAGCUGGUGUGCGCCGCCGUGUGGGCGCUGGUGCUGUCGGGCAGCCUGCCCACGGGCUUCCUGUUGGACACCACGUCGCGGCAGCGGCAGCGCGCCAACGCCACCUUUUGCUUCGAGAACUUUUCCUCCAGCCAGUGGAAGUCGCACCUGUCCAAGGUGGUCAUCUUCAUCGAGACGGUGGGCUUCGUCAUCCCACUGCUGCUCAACGUGGGCUGCUCCGUCAGGGUGCUGCAGACUCUGCGCCGCCCCCACAAGACGUUGAAGGGCUGCUUCGCCGAGUCGGUGGUGCGCACCAUCUACCCGGUGGCGCUGUGCAUCGCCGUCUCCAACUGCUGCUUUGACCCCAUCGUCUACUACUUCACCUCGGAGACCAUCCAGAACUCCAUCAAGAGAAAGUCGCUGGCGGGGCGGCCGUGCGACGCCAAGUUGUCCGAGGCGCUCCACUCGGAAUCCAGCUCCAACUUGCACUGCAGCUUGAGGAACCUCAAAGCCAAAAUGCUGCACGAGUCCUCGGUGUGACGCUUCUCUUUGACCCUCUACGAGCUCUCAAAUCCAAAAUCCAAUCCAAGGGAAACCGCCGCUGUGGAUUUAUGAGGCCCUCUCCACCCUUCUGCUGUGGAUUUUACUGACGUGCGGCCGCCUGGAGGGGAGUCAGAACACUUUUGGACUUGCUUUAUUUUUGCCACACUAACUUGGGACUCACUCGCUUGAAAGUCGAAGGUUAAAUCUUGAGACGGCACAUACCGUGCGGGCCUUUACUCCCACCUCUGAGAUUGAGGAAGUGAAGCGUCUCGCUCCGCUCGGGCGGGGAGUGCCAAGUUCCUGUGUGGAGGUUUGGUGCGGCAGUUGAGCGAAACCAUACGUGCUUUGCGGACACUUUUUUAGGUACACCUGCAUGUGUUAUCACAUCACAUCAAAGAAUAGAGACUGGUCAAUUCACUUCGAAUUUCAGUUUUGUCAGCAGGAAAUGAAGCGCGCUUUGUUUGGGUGAUGUUUUAAAGCGUGUCUGCGUGCUUGUGUGUAAAAUGAGUGUGUAAAUGUUUUUUGAAAGAAAUAAAAAAUGAUGUUACGUUUUACAAUA